GCAGGCCGGGCAUGGCGUCGAUGGCGGCGGCGAUCGCGGCCUCGCGCUCGGCGGUCAUGAGUGGGAACCGGCCUCUGGAUGACCGGGAGCGCAAGCGCUUCACCUACUUCUCGUCGCUGAGCCCCAUGGCCAGGAAGAUCAUGCAGGACAAGGAGAAGAUCCGCGAGAAGUACGGGCCCGAGUGGGCGCGGCUGCCGCCCGCGCAGCAGGACGAGAUCAUCGACCGGUGCCUGGUGGGGCCGGGCGCCCCGGCGCCCCGCGACCCCGGCGACCCCGGGGACUCCGAGGAGCUGGCGCGCUUCCCCGGCCUGCGCGGGCCCACGGGCCAGAAGGUGGUGCGCUUUGGGGACGAGGACAUAACUUGGCAAGAUGAGCACUCUGCCCCUUUCUCCUGGGAGACGAGGAGUCAGAUGGAGUUCAGCGUCUGCUCCUUGUCCAUCCAAGAGCCAGGCAGCGGCACCGCCUGUGAGUCGAGGCAGCCGUCAAAAACCUCCCAGGGCUCGCAGGCUCUCCGUCCCUCCCAGGGCGGCAAGUCCUCCAGCCUGGAUGCCCUGGGUCCCGCCCGGAAGGAAGAGGAAGCUUCCUUCUGGAAGAUCAAUGCAGAGCGCUCCCGGGGAGAGGGGCCUGAGGCCGAGUUCCAGUCGCUGACCCCCAGCCAGAUCAAGUCCAUGGAGAAAGGGGAAAAGGUCCUGCCUGCCUGUUACCGUCAGGACCCUGCCAUGAAGGACAGGGAGCCCAAGGCUGAAAGGCCCAGCCACCUCCGCCAGGAGCAGCGGGGUCUUCCCUGCAUCGGCAUUGACGAGAGACCCCAGCCCGUCCAGGCCUGUGCCAGCGCCACUCCAUCCGAGCCCGAGGGGAAGCUGUCCUCUCCCGAGGCCGGGCGGGACGACGUGGAAGAUGUGGAAGACUCUCUGUUCUCGGAGCCCAUGCCUACACAGGUCACCUCAAGCAAUGUCGUCUUGAAGACAGGAUUCGAUUUUCUGGACAACUGGUAAAAUGUAUCAGGCAACAAAGUAAUAAUAAUAAUAAUAAUAAAACCAAGAACCCCUAAAUGUUUUCCAAAGUGGUGUGGCGGAGGAGGAUCAAAAGGGCAAUAUUUCCCCAUGUGUUUUCCUGGUUUCUGUACACUCUUUUCUUACUCGUUUGGAAACUGGCAAAUAUCGCCUUGUCCGGAUUUCCAGAUUUUUCUCUUUUUUCAUAAGGCCAGAUAUAUAUGCUAUUUUCAAUGAUUUGAUAACAGAAGUUUUACAUUUGGAAUUUUUAAAAGACUGUAAAGGCAUUCGGUAGGUCUCGUGAAUAAAGCCUCUGUUCCCAGUUCCAUCCAGUGGUGCCCCGGCCUCAGAGAAUGCUUUCUCACCGUGUUGCCACGAAAAUCCAUAAAAGCGAUUUCCGUCUCUUUCUCCUUUAGCCUCUCCCCUUUUGAAAUGAGUGGGGUGAACUUUGCCGGGUGGUCGUUGGCGACGCCCUCCCUUGGCACUAGCGGCCGGCUGGCUGUGACCACGGGAAGGUGGCUCCCCUCCCCCACUCCCACCCAACAUUCCCUGACGCCCGUGGCUUCCUGACGCCACACUUCUUGCAUCGUGUGCCAUGCUCCACCCUCUCGUCAUUUCCAGAAGACCCACUGCUGGCACAGAGCAGAGAUGGUUUUAGGCCGCCCCAAAACGUACCGAAACUAGUCAUUGUUGUUUAGGAAGAGCUGCAUGUUUAAAAGUUUUGUAUUAACUUUCCAUUAUUUUGUAUGUAGACUUAGAGGUUGUAAGGCUGCCACUUUUCUCUGGCGUCUACUGGCUUCUGCUUGGAGGUUCUUUGCUACUUCUGUGGCCCUGGUGGCGGUUCCGGGUCCUGGGCGUCUGCAGGAGUGAGGACAGAUGCCAGAGCUUAGAGGACAGAGCCCUUCUCAUCAGUUGGGUUAUGGGGUAGAACCUUCCAGCAGGAGGCUGGCAGGGGCCGUGGACGUCCUUCGUCCCAAGGACUGGUUAGAGCCUCCUAAUGGAUCUCAUCCACCAUCCCUGACCACCAGCAGGAGUCGUCGUCUCUGCAGUGCCCCAGCACCCUGCGGACCCUUGUGGUCAUAUCAACGGCGUCUCCGUGUGAGCCUGCCGCCCACCGCAGUUCAGAUGGGCCGCCAGGGCCAGGUGGCCCUGCCCUAGUCGUGGCCGGGGCAGGGGGAGCAGGACCGUGGCCCUUCCCCUGGGAAGCCCGUGCCCUGACUGAUGACCCCGAGCUGCGUGAGCCUGCCCGACGUGCCGAGUGUGACUUCCGCGUGGCCUCUCACUGUGUUCUCCUCACCUGAAGCCUUAACCCCUGCGCGCCCUGCCAGAGAGCGCCCGGUUCCAGUCUCCAAGUGUGUCUUUUUUAAACAUGCGUUUCUGCCUCCUAUGACAUUCUUAAGUGCUGUCCGCAGCGUCUUCUCUGGCGCCAAGGUAAAGCACGUGGCAAUCUUUCUUCCCCCAGGAAUAUUUCUGCCAAAGCUGCAGCCCGGCCAACGUUUGGCUUGGUUUCUGCCAAUUGCACGAUGUCCCCAAACCUCAUUUGGCCCCUUGGGGGUGUGGAUGUGACCUUCCUUACAGUGCUGACUGGCUGCGUUAUGGCAAAGACGGAUUUCUUCUGGGACCAUGUAGGGAUGGUUGAAACAUGCGAGGGAGAAAAGGCUCGGAGCGUGGUGGGGAGGGGGAAGGGAACCUAGGAGUCCCAGCUGGAACAGCACGGCAGGGUGCCAGCCCCUCGCGUCAGCCACCGCGCCUCAGAGCCGGGCUUACCACCUGCCUCCACUUCCAGCCUGGAGGGCAGGGGCUGUUUUAACACCCGUGCUUAAAAACAGGGUUCCUUUAAAAAAAAGAGAGAGAGAGAGAGAGGUACAGGUGUGAGUUUGUAUUUCUUGAUGCUGAUUGUGCCAGGGAAGAGCUACAUCCGGGGACGGUGAGCCCAUGGCGAUCUGUCUGUUCUCUUGCGAGACAAUUCUCAUUUCUUUCUGACUUUCUCGUAAAGCCCAGUUAUUCCUUUCACGUUCUCCCGGGGGCUGAGGGGGUGCGGGCGGUGUUUAAAGCCUCUGCCUCCCCCGACCCCCACCGGUGCCACCCGGGGUCCGCUACCCAGAGUGUUUAGUGAUCACUUACGACAGUGCUUAAUGUUUCAUGAUGGAGCAGCCUCCUGAGAUGAAAUGUAAAAUCAAAACUUAGGAAAUCCUCAAGUCGUGCUGCUUUGCUCCGCUUCGGAGAAGGAGGCAUGACGGGGCCUGGAGGACACAGGCUGGUGAGUCCCCAUCCUGCCUGACCUGCUGAUCCUUCUCGUAAUAACCACGGGUGGUCUGGGCAAAGAUGUCUGCUGCCCCCCUCCCCCGCCCCGGGAGUCUGUUCAGAAAGGAAAAAUUCAGCUCUUCUGUUUGCCACUUCCUCUCCACCCCCGGUAUCAGGAUGAAGUUUCUAGAACCAUAAGUUUAUAUUUAUUAUUUUAAAAAUACACACUUUUCAGCUGAAGCCUGUAUUUGGUUUUGGGGUGUCCCCCGCUCCCCCUCUGCACACCUGGGAUUCUGCUCACGGAUGUAGCGUCUGCCUCCGGGUGACUGUGUUUCGUAAACUCUCCCCCAGGAAGUCAGAAACCAGUUUCAGUUCUUCCACUUGGGGGUCCCUACCCCGCUUUCUGGGUCUGGGAGUGCUGCCCCUUGGGGACAGCUGGGGCCAGUCACCCAGCCCUUGCCGUGCGCCGCACCCCACGUGGAUGUCAGAGCCACCCCCUUCCUCUGCACCUCCCUUCCUUUGAUAUACGUUUUCCAAAACAUGAAAAAUUCUUACUGACGACUUGUAACUUGGUUGUAUUUUAUAUUAAUAACCUUUAAUAAAGCCAUUUAAGAUCUGC